CCACCUCCAGUAGUUGGGUCCCAGUUCUCGGUGGAUUUGUGCACUCCUCUUCUGAGCUCUCUGUUAAAGCAACCUUUUUACAUUCGAACUCUUGUACGUGAAAUAAAAUACAGCGAGGCGAGGCAAACCCUACAACACGUUUCUGCCCAUCUAAAAGUGGUGCUCAUGUACCCCACACCAAGCGAUAGGAUACAUUUUCAAUAUUUGCACGCUUAUUGAAACAUUGCCGUGCAAAUUAUAUUUGCACUGAUUUGAUUAGAGAGUGGUGGAUGGAGACAAAGUGAAUAAGUGGGAAGGCUGUGUAAAAUUCUUCUUCCUGCCUCCCGGAUUUUGGAGGAUUUCCACCUGGACAGAUCGUCCCAUGUUCGCGUAAAAGUCGUGGGUUUUGUACCACUCGCUCCACGGACGAGCUACGCUGUCUGUCAAGUGAGGAAAAGUGAGUGAGACGCAAAGUCGGUACUCUCGGACUCGGUUUGCACAUUUCUCAUCUUGAGUGACUAGUAUUGGAAAAGUUGCAAUAAUAAUUUGUGGUAUUGAUGCACUUUGUUGUACAUGAUAUGAAAUUCGAUGCUCCGUCUGCUGCUGGAGUGAAGUGGUGAAGAGUAUGUUGACCUGACUUUGCCUACAUAAAUUAAAAAGAAAAUUAUACCUUUGGGUAAAUUACAUGUGGUCCGGCUACUGUUUCAACUCCAAUUAGAAGUGUGCUCUCUCAUCCAUCCACCAUCUGGGCUUGUCUUAUCUAUCAAAAAGUCGGAUCAUUCACUCGUCCUUAUUCCACACAUCUUAUGCUCAGCCCUCACCUGCUCGCCACUGCUCGACACAAGCGUUGCAGAUCAAAAAAUUGAUUAAUAUUCAAAGGGACGGUUCACUUGGUGCCGGUUGUCUUAAUUGAGAAUUCAGCAACCCUUUCUAAGAUAAGAUGGCUACCCAGCAAGUUCAAAUUCAAGGAGGUCAAACUAUUAUUGCUCCAGCUGGCCAGUUCCUCCGAGCCCAAAAUGUUGUGCAGACAGCAAACAUUUUACAGAAUGGCAACACCAUUUUGUCCAGUGCCGGACAAAAUGUGGUACGAACCGGUGUUCCUCAGCAAAUUCUGCAGUUCCCUUUUCAGCAGACGAUACCUGUACAAGUCCCUAUCGCCACAUCUAAUGGACAGACCAUCAUUCAAACUAUUCAUAUCCCCAUCCAGACCCUCGGAACUGCAAUGUCAAAUGCCGGAGGUUUAGGAGGACUAAUGCAAGGAGGACAGAUUCAAAUUAUUCAGCCCCAAAUGACCCAAAUUCCUCAACAACAACUGGCUCAAAUAAUUGGCCCAAAUGGUCAGAUCCAACUAGCUCAAAUUCAGCAAGCUCAACCACAAACUACCCAAGCUGGAACGACAAAUUGGACGCAAAAUGCUAACGGAACCAUUACUAUACAAACGACGGGUGGAAACGACAAUGCAAACAAUGCAGUAUCUCAAGUGUCCUCAACGACACAAGCAACAAAUGGGGUCACUUCAACUACCCCGACCAUCGUCACCGCUCAGACGCAGCCUCAACAACAACAGCAGCAAAUUACACUGCAAGGGACGAACCAACAAUUCACUGUCAUUAACCAAGCUGCACUUGGCCAGUCGUUCGGACAAUUCCAAAACAUUCAAAACAUUCCCGGAUUGGGAAACGUUCAGAUUUUACCAGCCGGAACAAUCACAUUAGGUCAAGGACAACAAAAUGUGACCAUUCAGCAACAAAGUUCUCCAAAUCAGCAAAUUAUCCAAGCUGUUCAAGCACCACAGAUUAUCACUGGCCUAGGAAAUCUAGGGAACCUGGGACAAAUGGGUGGAGCUCAACUUCAACAGGAUCCACUUGAUCCCACGAAAUGGCAAGUAAUAAACCAAGCUCCCCUUAUGGUUACCACGUCGUUGGGAAAUGCAGGGACUGUUACUGCAAUUAAAACAGAACUCGAUAAGCCAAAGACAAGACUAAGGAGAGUUGCAUGCACCUGUCCAAACUGUACCGAUAUUGAUGCCAGUUCGAAUAAUUCCAGAAAUAAUGGAGAAAAGAAAAAGCAGCAUUUGUGUCAUAUUCCUGGUUGUGGUAAAGUUUAUGGUAAAACAUCACAUCUACGCGCUCACCUUAGAUGGCAUGCAGGAGAAAGGCCAUUUGUCUGUCAAUGGUUGUUUUGUGGGAAACGGUUUACACGAUCCGAUGAACUCCAAAGGCAUAGAAGGACGCACACGGGAGAGAAACGAUUCCAGUGUCCUGAAUGUCUCAAAAAGUUUAUGAGGAGCGAUCACCUUUCUAAACAUAUAAAAACUCAUUCAAAGAAUAGAAGCGUGACAGGAGCGGAUGGAUCUCUUAUUAAUUCGACAAAGUUGGAACUAGACGAUGAUGACGAAAAACUUAUUAAAACGGAAGUUGAAACUUCUGACGCGAUGUGUAGUGAUGAUGAGGACGAUACUGGUGAAAUGGGAGACGAUGGGGAAGUUGAUGGGGAUGGUGACCUCGAUGACCAAGAAAAUGCUGAGGACAUGAUGAUCACAAUUAACACGGAAGGAGAACAGCCGGAACUAAUAAGUAAUGACUCGAUUGAAAAUCAAGCAUGAAAUCAUCUGCGAAAAAGGAGGAGGGGAGGAGCUUCAUUGAAUUAUUGAAUUCAAGACCACCCAUCAUCAUCCGAAUAAAGCAAAAUAUCCACAAACAAAGCGUCGCCAGACCUCACUGACAAAUUUAUGCAAAUGAGUUUCUUUCAAGAGUACAAGCUGGACAGACGCAGAGAAAAGUCUAGUUUCAUAAUAGGAUAUAAAUGAUAGAAUAUAGUUUUGAUUUUUUCCUAAUUUCGUGUCGACUAGAAAUAUAGUAGUUUUAUUAAGCUGUAAAUUUACGUAUCAACUUUAAUACAACAAUAAAUAAUAUUAAUACAGUUAAGAGAGUCAGUCUGUAUUAGAUCUGCUUAGAUCUGUUUUGUAACUUUAAAUUGAAAAUAUAAGGCAUCAUAUACAGUAUAAGUAUUUUGCUUACAUUAAUUACUACAUACUAUUAGAGGUUUACCUUAUGAAGUACAUAAUUUGGUAAUUUUACAAUAUUGCAAUGUCCAUAUACAAUACAAUAUAUACAUGUGAACCACUAUUAUACUAAUCGAACCGAAUCCAAAUAUAUUGUUUUCAUUGAAAUGAGA